ACCAGGCGGGGCCGGGCCAGAGCGCCGCCGCCGCCGCCGCACCGCAGCUGCGAGCUCUGCAGAGCGGGGCCGGGGCCGCGGCCGGCGCCCUCCCUCCCGCCUCCUCCGCCCGCCGCUAUGAGCCAGGGACGCCCGGGGGACUGCGCCCCCCUCGAGCCCACCGCCGGACCCUCAACGCCCCCCAACCCGUUCGUGCACGAGUUGCAUCUCUCCCGCCUCCAGAGGAUUAAGUUCUGCCUCCUAGGGGCACUGCUGGCCCCCAUCCGAGUGCUUCUGGCCUUUAUCGUCCUCUUUCUCCUCUGGCCCUUUGCCUGGCUGCAAGUAGCUGGUCUUUCUGAGGAGCAGCUUCAGGAGCCACUGACAGGAUGGAGGAAGACUGUGUGCCACAACGGGGUGCUGGGCCUCAGCCGCCUGCUCUUUUUCCUCCUGGGCUUCCUCCGGAUCCGCGUUCGGGGCCAGCGGGCCUCUCGCCUCCAGGCCCCUGUCCUUGUUGCCGCCCCCCACUCGACUUUCUUUGACCCCAUUGUCCUCCUGCCCUGUGACCUGCCCAAGGUUGUGUCCCGAGCGGAGAACCUUUCUGUGCCGGUCAUUGGAGCCCUUCUUCGCUUCAACCAAGCCAUCCUCGUGUCCCGCCACGAUCCGGCUUCUCGGCGCAAAGUGGUAGAGGAAGUCCGAAGGCGGGCUACCUCAGGAGGCAAGUGGCCCCAGGUUCUAUUCUUUCCUGAGGGCACCUGUUCCAACAAGAAGGCUUUGCUUAAAUUCAAACCAGGAGCUUUCAUCGCAGGGGUCCCUGUGCAGCCCAUCCUCAUCCGCUACCCCAACAGCCUGGACACCACCAGCUGGGCAUGGAGGGGCCCCGGAGUACUGAAAGUCCUCUGGCUCACAGCCUCUCAGCCCUGCAGCAUCGUAGAUGUGGAGUUCCUCCCUGUGUACCAUCCCAGCCCAGAGGAGAGCAGGGACCCCACCCUGUAUGCCAACAAUGUCCAGAGGGUCAUGGCACAGGCCCUGGGCAUUCCAGCCACCGAGUGCGAGUUUGUAGGGAGCUUGCCUGUGAUUGUGGUGGGCCGGCUGAAGGUGGCAUUUGAGCCACAGCUCUGGGAACUGGGAAAGGUUCUUCGAAAGGCUGGGCUGUCCCCUGGCUACGUGGACACUGGGGCAGAGCCAGGCCGGAGUCGAAUGAUCAACCAGGAUGAGUUUGCUAGGCAGCUCCAACUCUCUGACCCUCAGACUGUGGCCGGUGCCUUUAGCUACUUCCAGAAGGACGCCAACGGUUUGGUGGACUUCCGAGAUGUGGCCCUUGCGCUGGCAGCUCUGGAUAGGGGCACAGGCCUAGAGGAGCUGACUCGCCUGGCCUUUGAGCUGUUUGCCGAGGAGCAAGCAGAGGGGCCCGGUCGCCUGCUGUGCAGAGACGGCUUCAGCACCAUCCUGCGCCUGCUGCUGGGGUCGCCCCGCCCUGCUGCCGAGACUUUGCAUGCAGAGCUGUGCCAGGCGGGACCCCACCACGGCCUCUCCCUCUGUCAGUUCCAGGACUUCUCUCUCCGUGACCCACUCCACGGGAAGCUCUUCAGCACCUACCUGCGCCCUUCCCAGACACCAAACGCCUCCUCCCCAGGCAGCUGCGCCGUGCUGGCCAAUGGGACUGUGCACUCACCCAAGCAGAAGGGCGACUGAGUCCCUCCACCUCCCCAGCUUGCAUUCUGGCCCACAGAUUCAAGACAGCGCCAGGGGCCGACCCUGGGCCUCAAGCCCUCUCUGCUCCUGCUUGAUUUUUUGUUAUUGUUUGGUUUUUUGUUUGUUUUUUUAAGUUGAUUUUCAUUUUUUUUUGUUUGUUUGGGGUUUUUUGUAAGAAACUAUUUUAUAUAUAAAUAUAAAUAUAUAUCUAUAUCUAUUUAAAAAAUAUGAAG